GUUGUCUCUUCUCGUUCCUUUCUUACUUUCAUUCGUUCCUGCACCAAAGAAAACAAAAGGGGAAAACCUAGCUAGCCUCCACCGCCGCCGAACUCAGUGACCCACUGCGACCGUCCGUGGCCAUUUGAGGAGUCUCUCUUUCUACUGUCGGCGUUAUCCAAAUCGAACCCCCGUUCUCUGUCUUCUUCCUUGCUUGGUGCCCAUCCUCCAUCAGAUUCGUCCUGUUGCCGUCGCCGUCGCCUCGUCACCCUCUCGAAGGCAGUCAGCAACUUUCAUAGCUUCGACCCAGAAGAUAAAAAAGAAAGAAGAAAAUCAACUAUAGAAGCGGACAGGGCGUCGGAACCUACCCCUCUCUCUCUCUCUCUCUCUCUCUCUCUCUCUCUCUCUCCGUAAGUCGUAACCAUGGCUAUGGCUAUGCAAAGCGGGAUCGGCUUCUCCAAGAUUCUCAUCAUAGCUGGAGCUGGCUACACCAGUACCGUCCUCAUCAAGAACGGUAAACUUUCCGAUUUAAUUGGCGAGCUCCAGUUGUUGGUGAAGGGAUGGGAAAAAUCUGGCGAUCACAGUGAAGGUGAAGGUGAAUAUGCUGAUGCCAUUGCUGCGCAGGUGCGUCGAUUGGCAAAUGAAGUUCGGCAGUUAACAUCAAGCAGGCCAAUUACAGUACUCAAUGGGGGUUCUGGAGAAAGUAACUUAUCUUCACUUGUGGUUCCAGCAGCUGCAUUGGGUGUUGUGGGUUAUGGUUACAUGUGGUGGAAGGGAAUCUCAUUCUCAGAUCUUAUGUAUGUCACUAAACGUAGUAUGGAAAAAGCUGUUUCAGAUUUGACAAAAAAGCUGCAGCAUGCCUCAGAUGUCAUUGCUGAUGCUAAGAAGCAUUUGACACAGAGGAUCCAACAUUUGGAUGACAAAAUGCUCAAGCAGAAUGAAUUGGCACGGUCAAUUAAGGAUGAAGUUGCUGGGGUUCGAAGUACAAUUACUAAUUUCCAUGAUGACUUGGGAAUCUUGCAUUACACAGUGGGAUCAUUGGAUGAAAGAUUGGCUACACUAAGUGGCAUGCAGGAUGAUGCAAAUCAAGGUUUGGCGUACCUCAUCGACUUCGUACAUGGGAAAACCCACAAACCACCUGAAUUCUUGCAGGAGCGGCUGAGGAUUUCUGCAAAAUCCCGUAGUGUUCUCACAUAUCAGGGAGCUCCAAGUCUGAUGGGACUCAAAGACAUUGCGGAAACAAUGCGUAGUGAUUUAGACAGGUCAGCCUCUGACGGUAUCUUAUCAGAUGGCAUGGAUAAGCUAGAGCAUCUGCGAAGGCCAUUGCUGAGGGCUGCUUCAACCAGGUGAUGAUGACAAAGUCUAGGUCACCUAACUUCUAAGCGGGCUUUCUUUCACUGCUUGGGUGUAAUCGAGCAGCAACUUAAGCUCACUCGCUGAUAUAUACUCCCUCUGAAUCUACAUAAUAUUGAUACUAGAUUAAGUUUUAUAUUCAAACUAGCGGAUGAAGUAAUAUAUUGUAAAUAAAGUUUUCUCUUGAAGCUCAUGUAUUGGUGCAGCCAAGAGCCUAUCGUAUUCCAGAUGUAUGUAAUUCGUGUCUUAACAUAGUAUGUUUUACGUAGGUUGUCAUCAUGGGUCGCUUUCUUCUAAUGUAUGAGCUGGAUGAUCACCAUCUUACUAUGAAAUAUCUGGAAAUGAAUUCUUGCAA